AAACAAACAAACAUUCAUUAUUAAUAUAACCCAAAAUCAACCAAAAAAAAUUAUCAUAAUCUUUUUUAUAAAAAAAUACUCAUAAGUAAGAGAAAAAAUUAGAUAAUUAAAAUAAAUAAGGCAAUAAGGAGCAUGUCUUAAGUAGAAAACACACCAAAAAAACUAACAAAUCAGGAAGAUUAACAAUCUUCUUCUUAGUAAAAAACUAGUUUCAGCUCAGCCGAUAAAUAAUUAAAUCAAAAAUAGAGUCCUUUAGAUGAGUAUAAAAUCAUUAUGGAGAUAGGAUAGGGUUCAUUUGGGAAAGUUUAUAAAGCUAAAAAGAAUACAGAUCUUAAUAAUAAGCUUUACGCUAUAAAAAGAAUUAAAACACAGCUGCUUUAAUAGGAGAUGAAGAGCCAUUAAAUUUUUAUGGAAAAAUUGUAGUUGUUCUUUGAUUUUCCAGGAAUUCCCAAAAUGCACCAAUGCUUCUCUUUUCAAGGUUGCUUCUUUUUCGUAAUGGAUUUCGCUUCAGGUGGUCCCUUUGAGCAGUUUUUGAGAUUUAACAGUAACGGAAGUCUCUCUUUCAAAACAAUCUAGUUUUAUGUUGCAGAAAUGGUUCUAAUAUUAGAAUAUUUGCACCUCUAAGGCCUUGCCCAUCGUGAUUUUAAACCUGAGAAUAUGGUCAUUUCAUAAAAUAAACAUUUGCAGUUAAUCGAUUUUGGUACCCUUAAUGAUUUUUGUUCCAAUUUAGUACCCGAACAAUUAAAAUCCGACAUCACAAAGAAAAAUGAAAUAAAGAAGCAAAAUUUGAUUAAGAAGGGAAUCAUUUAAGAAGGUUAGCAACUAGAAAGCGAAAUCAACCCAGAAAUUUAAUAAAAUGUAAAACAAUAAGAUAAAGACUCUGGAUUCUUCAAAUACGAUGAGGAACAGAUAUAAAAUCUAUAAUCAGAGCAACCCUCUGAAUUCGAUUAAAAUAUUUAAUGCAUAGCUUCCCCACUUCCAGUAAACAGGAAGAGACUUACAACAUUUUGCGGAACAAAUGACUACUUAAGUCCAGAAAUGUUGCUUGAAUAAAAGUGUGAUAUGAACGGUGAUUUAUGGGCACUUGGCUGUAUUAUUUAUUAAAUGUUCACCGACAAAACUCCAUUCCACUAAAAAUACAUUUCUUACGAUUAGCUUAAGCAAAGAAUCUUAAACUGCAAUUAUGAAAUGCUUCCAAAGAUUCCAGUGGUAGCUCAGGAUAUAAUAUAAAAAUUAUUAGUUCUUUAGCCAGAUUAAAGAUUAGGUGGUGUUUUUGUUCAUAGCAAUUUAUAAAAAUAAGAUAUUAUUGAAAGUUAUAAGAAUCUGAAAUCUCACCCCUUUUUUGAGGGAAUUGAUUGGCAAAAUUUAUAUAAUUAGGAUCCUCCCUAAACAGAAGAAACAUAUGUAAGAAAGGGAGUUAAAAAGCAAACAGCGCCUCCUCUUAAUGUAAUUAAUGAUGCAGAUAAGCAAGACUAAAUAAUUGAAGAUUAAGCUGCAUAAAAGAAAAAAUAAUCAAAAAGAUCAGAUGAUAUUCAUGACUACUUUCCAUAAAAAGAUAAAAGUCCGAGCUAUUAAAACUCAUCAAAAGUCAUCUAUGAGAAAAUGCUUUAAGAAAAGCAGUGGAAGGUCCUCAAAUUUAGUAAAUUAGUUUAAAUAUAAGAAGACGAAAAAUACUUGACCAUAAACGUUUUGGAUCCUAUCAAAAAAACUUCCAAAUAUUCUCUUAUUGUCGACGAAAACACUACUAUCAAGCAAAAAGAUGAAAAAGUUAUUAUCGACAAUGGAAAAAUUAAAAAAUCUUACACUGACUAUAAAGAAUCAAAAGUUCUUGAUUUUUACAAUUGUUUGGUUUCCGGGGUCCAGAAAAAAUUCUUGAAGAAAUCUGAAUGA